AUGCCCCUCAAGGGGACAAAAAGGGGACAAAAUAAGUGUAAUGCCCACCCCCACUUAAGAAGUGGAAACUUCUCUCCCCUAAGGACAGGGGGCAGAGCUGCCCCCGUCAGAGCUGCAGCAGCUCCGGAAGGAACGGGAAAGAGGCAAGGUUGGAAGCAGCGGGAAGAGAGGGAAGAGGACGUUCUCCAGAAACCUCACGCCUUUGAUCACUCAGCCUCACCAGGAAGGGUGGUCCCCGGGUCUCAGGGGGACACAGAAAGGGGAGGGCUGACAGAAGAGGCAGGAGGAAGGAAGAAAUAA